AUGCACCUGCGUUUCAGCGCGACCAAGCAGCUUCCUCUUCGUAUCGCCAUCGACCUGUUGAUCAAUAGAGUCGACCAACUUUGCGACUUCAUCAGUGAUAACGGCCUGAAAGCUCCGCCCAUUCCACAGGACCAGGAUGCAACACUUAGACAGAUCCUCGACGCUCUCGGACCGGCUAAAUCUACAAGCGCCGAGGAACAGCCUACGGUUGGAGAGAAACAUGCAUUAUCACCGCUGGCCAGCGAGUCAAUUCUGGAUACCGCAGCGGUGGAGAAGGUGAUGGGGCCACCGCCGAUCCCAGCGAAUGCACCUGUUCCCAAAACUCCAUCUGUCGCAUCGCCCAAUGUCGAAAUUCGAGAGAAUGCCACCCUCCAGAGCCCGUCUUUACAGUCCGUCACUGCUAGCAACGCUCCACAGAGACCAGAAGGCUCAGAUAGAGACUUCCGAGGCUCCUCUGCAGAUACCCCAGACAGUAUCCUGAGUAACUGGGAUCUAGACCUGGCAUACGGAGGCACUGCAGCGUCCGCUCCCACUGACUUACAACAGCUUAUUGAGUCCACGUCCCAGCCCGAUGCACUUGGCAUUGAUCUGGAGAGGAUAUCAAAUAUAAUAUCAACAGAGAGCGACGAUGGAUCCACUCUAGUCGAAGAUCCCAGCACCACUUCUGAUAUUGAAGGGCUGAUCGACGAACUCUCUGACCGCGUCGGCACACUUCGAAUCGGACGAGGUGGAAAAACUCACUUCUUUGGACCGACGUCUACAUUCAAUCUCAAGGACAUGCCUCACUCUGACAACUUCGAUUCACAUCGCAGAGUCCAUGGCUACAGUUUCCAUAAUCCUGACCGAGUGGACGCGGACAAAGAAGUCCCUCCUGCGCUAGAGGAGCACCUUAUCAAUCUAUAUUUCAGCUGGCAAGACCCGUCUUUCCAUGUUGUCGACCGGACAAUGUAUGAAGAAGCCAAGGAGAAGUGGUUCUCAAUGGAAGAUACAUCCUUUUACUCAGAGGCACUCCGAAAUGCAAUGUGUGCAAUCGGCAGCGCCUUCGAGACCCGCUUCCACCCAACUUUCGUGACUUUCCCGAAAACACUAGUCGACUUCUUUGGCGAUCGAGCGAGGUCCCUCCUUGAGAGUGAACUGGACUGUCCCAGUGUAGCCACCGUCCAAGCGAUGGUGAUACUGAGUAGCCAUGAGAUUGGCAACGGGAUGGAUUCUCGAGGUUGGCUCUAUAGUGGUAUGGCAAUACGACUUGCUUUUGAUCUAGCCUUGCACAUUGACAUGUCCGCCCAUGUAUGCAAUGGUGUCAUUUCGGCAGCCGAUGCAGAUCUCCGGAGAACUGUUUUCUGGGCCGCCUAUAUCGUUGAUCAUCAACUCGGAUUUCAUCUGGGCCGGCCGUUUCGCACAAACAUGGACGAUGUCACAGUAGGCAAGCCCAUACCAAGCAGCAUUACAUCUUACAAUUGGAUUUUAUACGAAUCCCCAGCAUCACUGGACCAUACCUCCGACGGGAUAGACUGCACCAAACUUGUGAGCCAGCAACUCGUGUCUCUUUGCGAGAUCAUGGCUCCAUGUGGAUAUGUGCUAUACACGACAUCCAAAAUCGACAAGACCUCCAUGCAAGAAUUCAAUGAAAGAAUCGUCGCCGAGCUCUGCCGAUGGAAAGCCAAACUCCCGCCAUCCAUCCAGAUCGACAUAAACGACCACAUAACACCUUACCUCCCGCACGUCCUCCUACUCCACAUGCAAUACCACCAAAACAUAAUCUACGCCCACCGCCCGUGGAUGUCAAAAAGCUACCUCCAACCCCAACCCCCAAGAGGACCAGGCUAUCUACACGCGCGACAAAUGUGCAUCCAAUCCGCAAUAGCAAUCGCCAAGAUCCUAGCUCUCUACGAAACGCGCUACACACUGCGACGUAUAAACGUAAAGGCCGUCUCGAUAACCUCAUCCGCCGUCCUCCUCCUGCUCUUCGCUGCCGUCUCCAAAUACCCCUCACACUCGCAGCCGCAAAUCGCCGCGCACCUCGGUACCUGUUUCCGAGCGCUUGAUGAAUUCGCUCUCUCCUGGAUGAACGCGCGACGCGCGAAGGAUUUGCUCGUUACGCUUCAGCAUCAGUGGGAAUUGCGGACGCAUUCUGGGAAGAUAAUUCGAAAGGCGGAGGGGUCGUGGCCGCCGAGUAAGAGGUCUCGGCUAUCUGGGGCGCCGAUGAGUGGUGUCAAUCAGGGGCCGGUAUUUAAUUCUAGAGGGGAGGUCAGUGCGGACUUGUUGGCUGAUGCGGAGUUGGACUGGAUGGUUAUGACGGAUGGUGAUCUGCUGUCUGAGACUUGUGAUCGGGAUCUUUUUGGGUGGGAUCCUAGUUCUGUGAUUUUUGAGAGGGAUCACGGACCUAGUAGUGGAUGA